AUGUUCUCAAAGCUCGAUUGGCGUAGAGCACGAGGGCCACGCAUUGUAUCUGACGGUAGGAGGGCACCUCCGGGUGUUCAAUGGUUUGCUACUGCCCGCCUCAAGCCGGGCAGCCCCUGGUCAAAUUGGUGCCAACCCGCCAAAAACCCGCCUGCGUCUGGCCGUGGUCGCAGGUGCGUAUCCAAUUACGGUCGCAAAACAUAUGAUACUUGUUCCAGAACCUCAAAGUCUGCGUGUGACGGCCUUCAAGCAGAUCCCAAUCUGUCUCUGCAAUCACAUUCCCGAGCUGGAUCUGCUCUCCACUGCCUUGUGGUUCAGGCUAUUGAGUCAAAGGCUCCGGGCGGAGUCCCUCAAGCAAACCUCCAAACCACCCACUGCCUUGUGGGUCAGGCUAUUGAGCCAAAGGCUCCGGGUGGAGUCCCUCAAGCAAACCUCCAAAUCACCCACUGCCUUGUGGGUCAGGCUAUUGAGCCAAAGGCUCUGGGUGGAGUCCCUCAAGCUAACCUCCGAAGCACAACGACCACCUCGCGUGCGGUUGCCCACCAAUGCAAUCGUAUGCCUGCGCGCAAAGCACUCAGCAUCACGUGCUGGAACGUGCGCACACUACUGGAGCGGAACUCGAGUGUACACCGUUUGGGACACACUGCACUGAUCGCGAUGGAGCUGGCGCGCUACAGCAUCAAUAUUGCGGCGCUCAAUGAGUCCCGGCUCGCUGAGCAAAAUAAGUUGCAUGAGGCUGGUGCUGGCUACACAUUCUAUUGGGUGGGGAACGCCGCCUCAGCACCAAGUGAACAUGGGGUCGGAUUUGCAAUAUCCGAUCGCCUGAAUGGCUAG